CGCAAAAGGAUUCCUCUUGAUCUUGACGUACCUACCUAGAUAGUUAAUCUUCCUACGAAUCCUCUUUUGGUCCUACGCAUCAACUUCUUGAUCAGUUGAAGCCAUCACACUUUUUUUUUACAUCGCACUCUACUAUAAACGACCCCUCCGUCAAAAUGGUUACCGAACUACCAUAUGCGCUUGACGCAGAGACGCCGCUAAAUCCCUCCGAACUCAACGUCCUAAAAGCGCAAUAUGACCGCGAGGGUGAAAUGGUCGGCGUCCAGACCAAGUUCAACUAUGCCUGGGGUCUCGUAAAGUCCAACCAGCGAAACGACCAGCAACUCGGCGUCCGCCUGCUCUCGGAUAUCUUCCGCGUCUCCCCUGAGCGCCGCCGAGAAUGCCUCUACUACCUCGCCCUCGGCAACUACAAGCUCGGCAACUACGGCGAAGCUCGACGCUACAACGACCUCCUGCUCGACAAGGAGCCCGCCAACCUUCAGGCCUCGAACCUGCGCUCGCUCAUCGACGACAAGGUUGCCCGCGAAGGACUCAUGGGCGUCGCCAUACUUAGUGGUGUUGGUGUAGCAGCCGGAGUCGUGGGAGCGUUUCUCCUGAGGAAUGCCAGGAAGAGGUAGAGAAAGAGAAAGAAAGAAAGAAAGAAAGUUUCACUUGAACGGAAAAAAGGGAAGAAACAGAAGAAUAUCACAUUCUUAUGAUCUGCAUGGGCGGUUUCGGGAACACUACUAUACUCACUCUCCUCUAUAACCUCUGGAUUGGGCCCUUUUUGGAGUCUUGACUUUACGAGAUAUGCUUGUACUACAUAAAUGAAGCGACUCUUAUUAUAUAAGUUAACCAUUGUUCA